AUGUUAUUGGAUGCUGGUCACCAGUUUCCCGGACUGGGAGUGGGCUCAUUUGCCAGGCAUCACUCAGCGAGCGAGAUGCAGGAGAGAGACUUGAGUUUGGCACAAAAUAGCUUUGUAGACUCCGCACACAUGGGUGCAUUUAAGCUGAACCACGAUCUCUCUCCGGGACAGAGCUCUGCCUUCUCCACCCAGGCGCCGGGUUACCCCGCUGCGGCUCUGGGGGCUCACGCCGCCCAUGUCACGUCGUAUGCAAGCUCUCCUUUCAACUCCACCAGGGACUUUCUCUUUCGUAGUCGGGGUUUUGGUGAAUCCUCACCGGCGAGCAGCCAACAUACUAUUUUUGGCCCCACGACGGGAUCCCUUCAUCACUCCCACACAGACACUCAAGGCCACAUUCUAUUCCCCGGGAUCCAUGAUCAACAUGGGUCCCACGGAUCCCCAAAUGUCCUGAAUGGGCAAAUGAGGCUCGGACUACCGGGAGAAGUAUUCGGACGGUCCGACCAGUACCACCAGGUAUCCAGCCCAAGGACCGACCCGUACUCCGCGGCGCAGCUCCACAACCAAUACGGCUCCAUGAAUAUGAACAUGGGGAUGAACAUGGCAGCCCACCACCACCCCGGUGCCUUUUUCCGCUACAUGAGGCAGCAGUGCAUCAAACAGGAGCUCAUCUGCAAGUGGAUCGACCCCGAGCAGCUCAGCAACCCAAAAAAGUGUUGCAACAAAACUUUUAGCACCAUGCACGAGUUGGUCACGCACGUCUCAGUGGAGCAUGUCGGUGGACCGGAGCAGUCCAACCACAUCUGUUUCUGGGAGGAUUGCCCCCGGGAGAGCAAACCGUUCAAAGCGAAAUACAAACUGGUGAAUCACAUUCGGGUGCACACCGGCGAGAAACCUUUUCCUUGUCCGUUCCCAGGCUGUGGAAAGGUCUUCGCACGGUGAAACUUGAAGAUACACAAGCGAACACACACAGGAGAGAAGCCGUUCCAGUGUGAGUUUGAAGGGUGCGACAGACGGUUUGCAAACAGCAGCGACCGAAAGAAACACAUGCAUGUUCACACGUCGGACAAGCCUUAUCUCUGCAAAAUGUGUGACAAGUCCUACACACACCCCAGCUCUCUACGAAAACACAUGAAGGUCCAUGAAGCCGCCCCACCACCAUCAGACUCAUCACCAGCAGCCAGCUCCGGUUAUGAAUCCUCUACGCCUCCAGGGCUGGUGUCUCCCACCACCGAGACCCAAAGCAACACCACCCUGUCUCCAGCCUCAGCUGUGCACAACACCACCAGCCACAGUGGCCUAUCCUCCAAUUUCAGUGAAUGGUAUGUUUAGGACUCAGCUGAAAUGAAGCAACACACACUCAUUUCACAGCACUGGACCAUCCAGCAGGAGAUUGGGACACGUGCACAUAAGAGGCACACAAAUAUUUGUUUAUUUUUGAUUUUAUUAUUUUUGAUCUGCCAGGGAAGAUGACAAUUACCAACAGAGGAAAAUAUGUAUAAUAGUCUAAGUGUAUUUCAUAUUGUAAAUAAUUA